AUGAACGAUGACUCAAGUUAUUUAACUGAGUCGAGGCGCAAAGUAACUUUUUAUUCGUGCUCUGUUGGAUUCUCUCUCGCUAUUGGAGCUUCAUUCAGUUUGUCAGCAUUACAAAGUAGUAUAAACGUCAAAGAUGGUAUUGGCACCACAAGUUUACUCUUCAAAUUUGGAGCCAGUAUUCUUGGAAGUUCAAUCGCUCUACCAUUUGUACUGAAAAGAUACGGACCAAAGUUUGCGUUGAUAGCCGGGCAACUAUGCAAUACUUUAUACACUUUGGUGAAUUUUUACCCAGAAUGGUAUACAAUGUAUCCCACAGCAUUCAUAGCUGGUUUUGCUAGCUGUUGGGCUUGGGGCGGUUCUGCCGUUAUUGUUCACAAUAUUGCUUCCAGUGUGAAAACAGAAAACGGCGAUAGUUCUUCACAACGUUAUUUCGGAAUGUUUUUAGUAAUAAUGUCUUCGGGCCAGAUAUUUUCCAAUGCUGUGACAGAGCUCAUACUAAAUUCCGAUAAGAUUGAAGCAUUCAUCAGUGGUGAAGAUAACGUGGAUAUAAUCAACAGCAGCAUUGUGUAUCUAUCAUCUCGUCAUUUAUUGACAUGCGGAUCGAACGAUUGUCCAAGUGAAUACUCAUUUCAAGGAAAAUCAACAAAGUUUUCUGUGCUAAUACCAAAUCAAACGUUGUUGCGGAUACUACUAUGCAUAUACGUGGUAAUGCAAAUUGGGGGAGCUUCGAUUCACUACUUUCUAUUGGAAGAUACACUUUAUACAUCAGAAAAUGAUGAAUCAUCUGCAUCGGCGCCUUUACUGAAGAAAGAAACAUCAGCUUUCACUGAUUUUUUUACCGGCUUAAAAGACACUUGUAAACAUGUGACAUCUUUACAUGGACUUUUAACUUUGCCAGUUAUGUUGUUGUACGGUCUGACCAUCGCGUAUAUAUGGACCGAAUACAACAGAGCAUUCGUGUCGUGUAUUGUUGGAGUCCAACAGGUUGGAAUAUGCACGGUCAUUGUUGAUAUAAUGUCGUUGGUGACAUCAUUAGUUAUUUCGAAGAGUGCAAAGAAAAUUGGUUUGCCGACUCUUUUCGCCGUGGGACUAAUAUAUGAUUUGAUCAAUUAUACCAUUUCUUUGUUAUGGGUACCCACUGUUUCUACCACAUUUCUUUCGUACGUUUUCUCUGCUACAUUUGGUGUUACCCAUGGUAUCCGGCGGAAUACUGUGUUCUUGGUAACGUCGACUCACUCUGCAGAUGCGGACAUCGGAUUUUCAUUACAAGCUCUGGGGGAAACGCUCGGUGCACUUCUCAAUUACGCCUGGAGCAUUCCCCUCUGUGUCAAUGAAAAAAUAUAUAUUAUGAUGUCUCUCACCAUAAUAGCAACAAUAUGUUGGGCGAUUGCAAAGGUUGUUCUUGGUAGAAACAAUUAAAAUAUAAAGAAAAUGGAAGAAGGAAAUGUCGCAGAUAGUCAGUUGUCUCAGUGUUUGAUUGAAAUUA